AUGAAGCAGAGCCACAACGAGCGCCAGUCAACUGCUGCCAUCGUCUUCUUGACCGAACCGCUGACGACCUUGGACCUCUUUGCCCCUGCUGAUCUGUUGCCCUUCUGUCCUUUUGCCCUGGUGCCUUUUGCUACGUCGGAGAGGAGACCACACGAGACAGGACGACAACGUCCCCUGGAUGGAGAAGCAAUACGUAGCAACAGGACCGAACAGCCCAGCAACCGCCGGGAAGAAAAAGCCAUCGUCAAGUCCGGGGCCAACGGUGCUACUCUGGCAGAGGCAGCCUCGUCUGCACCUGCGCCCUCUCGCGGCAAUUCCAUGGCUCAGCCUGGUUUGGCGCCUGAGGACUCACGGGCCGGAGGGCCCCAAACUUCGCCAACAUCACGGCCACCACCGCCGGCUGUUCCACCUUCGCCGGUCAGAAGUCUCUGGAGGAGAUUUCUGUCCAGGGGCGUGCACUCCACCAGGCAUGGCGUAUCACCAACACCUUCGGCGAAAGCUCCUCCGGCUGCCUUGCCAGGCAAACGGACCGCCAGCCAUGAUGUACCUCGCCAGCCCGUUACAACCGUUGCUGUCAAACCUGUGAGCCCGGCGAGCCCGGUGAGCCCGGUGAGCUCUUUGAGCCCUGCGAACCCUGCCAGUCCUCCAGUUUUCAAUGCUGCAGCCUCGAAACCGAGUGGAAGCAGUCGCCGACCGCAUCGAGAGGUUGUCCCCGGCCUGCCCCGUGCUCAGACGUUUGCCCGGCAGCAGUCGGAACUCCGUGAGAAUCUUCUGGCCGUGAAACCCUCGCCAGAUGAACGACGAGCAACUUCCAUGGACCGGCGUCUAUUGCACUCAGCCAAGUCUCUGUCUACUUCGCAGACCACAGCGAAUCCGCGAGCAAGUGCGCCCAAUUUCGGACACGGUCCCCGGAAAAGUGCCCCUGACUUUGUGACGUUGGACAGCCCUGGCACAUCUCACGUUGCACCACAUGUCCCACUGGCGCCAUCCCUCAAGUCAGAGCCAUCAGCCGGUGCUCUGACCAGUGAAGGCACCGGAAACGACGGCACAGUGGCUUCCACCAACCGGAAUGCCGGUGAUGCUGCUCCUAGUGCCACCUACAGCGACCUCCAUGGCUCUUUGAACAAACUGCAGCAGCACCACCAGGACGACACGUUCCAUUUGGUAGAGAGAGCGUCUCUCAUCGACACUGCUUCCAUGACGUCGUCCCAGUACGAACAGACCCUUCUUUACGAGCUGGAGCACAUCUGGAUUCUGAAUCUGUCAAUGCACUUCCGCGACAAGUCGAGGCGGGAGAAGUUUUUCGUCACCUACCGUCAACGUCCCGACCUAUGGCGGAGAGUGACUGUCUCGCUCGACUACCGCAAUGCGCCUGAAAACUCGCUGGAGAUGGAUCUGUUGCAUACCAAGUUCCAGCGUGACAAGAACGAAAAGAUCUACGAGGCCAUCCGCGAAAGCCUUUCCAGCAUACAGUUCUACGAGACCGUAACAAACCUCAAGUUGCAAACGACAGACGGUCGUUUGCAUGUUCAUGUUGUCGAAGACGUCACGGAAAUCAUCAAAUAUCCCACCAGUCGCAUGGUACAACAUCUGAGCUGCCGAAUAAUCAGAGAGCGUGCAAUUGAGUUCGACUCACACAUGUCCGGAUUUGUUUACAAAGUGCGCGUGGACGGACGGAUGCUCAUCAAAAAGGAAAUACCUGGUCCUGAUUCUGUGGAUGAGUUCUUGUAUGAGGUCAAUGCGCUGAACUUCCUUUCCCACUCUCGCAAUGUCAUUGAGUUCUACGGGGUCAUUGUGAACGAGCACGACUGCGUCACAGGCCUUCUCAUCGACUUCGCCGAGCAGGGGGCUUUGAUCGAUAUAAUCUACGACAGCGACCACGGCAUUCCUUGGCCCACACGCGCCAAAUGGGCACGUCAGAUUGUCCAGGGCCUCUCGGAGAUCCACGAGGCCGGCUAUGUGCAGGGCGACUUCACCCUCUCGAACAUUGUCAUUGACGACAAUGGCAAUGCCAAGAUCAUCGACAUCAACAGACGCGGCUGUCCAGUGGGCUGGGAGCCGCCCGAGGCAACGCCGCUCAUCGAGAACAAGCAGCGCAUAUCGAUGUACAUUGGCGUCAAGUCGGAUCUCUACCAGCUUGGCAUGGUGCUGUGGGCUCUCACCAUGCAAGACGACGAGCCUGAAGCCCAUCAUCGGCCAUUGCAUCUGCCUGGAGAUGUCACCGUACCGUCCUGGUUCCGGACCAUCGUCGAGACUUGUCUAGAGGAAGACCCGAGGGCUCGUGCUCAAGCCAGCCAGCUGGUCCGCCUCUUCCCUGUUCCAGAAGGCCGGUCCGAUCACUCGGACAUCAGUGAUUACGACGAAGUUGACUGGGUGGGAGAUCGCCGCCCUCCUGGUCUCUUUGAGCACAAUCCUCCUUUACGUGUUGGUGACGACUCUGUCUUCUUGCGGAACGACACCGCAGUUCUCAGAGGCCCCGUGGGCUAUUCGGAUGAUGCCGACACGGGCUUGGACAGCUACCCGGCCGAUGGCGUGACGGCAUCAUCGAGCGACUGGUCCUACGUGCACAUCGAGACUGCUCCCACCGAUUCGGUGCCACGUGUCACCAACGAGAAGUACUCCUACCCGGCAAGGGGUCGGUCGCCGCCCAACGCUCGUCGGAGAAGCUACAACCACAACUCCCAAAACAGCUUUUCCGACGACAAGCAUGACUCGCCAGACGUGGAGAGGCAGCAGCACAGAAGACCGAUUGGUGAUGGGGGGAGGCGGCCAACGACUCCCACUUUCAGUCCAGGUGCCGAUCCUUCCACCCCCAAGGAGAGUGCUUUGCGUCGAACAGGCAGGAUGGUCGAAGGCGCAGCCGCUAGCGGCGUACUGGAGCCUGAAUCCGCGGUCGCGGACGUCGGCGGCAACAUCGACGAGUUUGAUCCAGAAGAUGACGGGGCUUCUGUGACCACAGCGGGACGUCCAACUCCCCCCCCAACAGGUGACUCUACUGAGGAAAGCCAUAUGGAUUUUCUGCCGACUGAAGGGCCACAGCACAAUGAAAGUCAGGCCGAAACAUCUUUGGCAGCCUCAAACCAGCCUGACCAAGAAUCCUCGAAUUCAAAGGCUGCGGAGGAGUUAGACUCUGGAAACAAUUCUUCAAGCGAAUCUUCCGACGGGGGUACAGCACUGGAAAACGCAAAGGGCAGAGCACGGCAAUGA